AUGAAGCUAGCAGCACAGUGCAGCGGUGGACGCCACAGCCGUCCUGCCGUUGGCCCCUUCGCCGGAGCGCUGCCGCCAGUGGUCAUGGCCGGCAAGCAAAUCCUGCUGGUUCGACGGCACCCUCCGGGGCCCGGGAGGCAUCUGCCUUCACUUGGUUGGACUAGCAGGGCCGCCGGUGUCGUCGUUGCUAGUGCCACUGCCACCGCCGCCACUAGUAGUAGGCAGCCAAAAGAGGAGGAUCGUCGUGCGAGCAGAAACAUCUCCGGUUUUCAGCCAUCCAUCUGGGGAGAUUUCUUCCUUACCUACUCCAGUCCUCUGGCUACGUCGUCCGCUCAAAAGAGACGAACAGGGGUGUUUGCAGCAAACAAUCCAAGGGAUCUACUGAACCUUUACAACGCUGCUUGUCUCAGGACUCAUGGAGAGAUAAUACUUGAUGAGGCUAUUUCCUUCACCACGAAGUGUUUAAAAUCAGUAGCACCCAACAUGGAAACAUCAUUAGCAAGUGAAAUAAAGCGUGUGCUUGAGAUCCCGCUUCCUCGAAGUGUAAGAAUUUAUGAAGCCAAAUCUCAUAUAGCUGAAUAUGGAAGUGAGACUGAAGCUAAUGAAAUGGUAAUGGAGCUAGCAAAGCUCAACUAUAAUCUUGUGCAGCUCCAACAUCAAGAAGAGCUGAAAAUCAUAACAAGGUGGUGGAAUGAUCUAGAACUUCAAUCAAGGCUAUCAUUUGCUCGAGACAGAGUUGUGGAGUGCUACUUUUGGAUGGUGGGAGUAUAUUUUGAACCAAUUUACUCAAGAGCUCGAGUAAUAUUGUCAAAAGUUCUUGCCAUUGUGUCCUUGUUGGACGACACUUAUGAUGUCUAUGGAACUUCACAAGAGUGUGAGUUAUUUACCAAGUGUAUAGAAAGCUGGGACACUGCAGUCACCAGAGGUCUCCCAGAGAACAUGAAGUUCAUUUUUGGGAAAAUUUUGGAUACUUGCCAAAGCAAUGAGGAUGAGCUAGCACCGGAGGAGAAAUACCGCAUGCCCUACCUAAAAAAUUUUAAUCAGGUUGAUAUCCAAACAAGAACUAGCGUAGCUACAGUAAACUCGAAGAACUUAGAAGCUCGUCUACAUAUCCUAAGGUCACGGCUGGGUGUUCUGAAGAUCAAAGUAGCCAAAAUCCUUGAUGAUGUCUUCAAGAUUCCACCAGAUCCGGGGCCUGCGGUUUUAGCAUCAACUCACCCCAUUAUUGAUCUUGAAGGUCAUGAAGACAGAAAACACCCCACCUCCCACGUGCUGAAGAAAGGGGAAUUACAGGUAAUUAGAGGUAGUAAAUUGGGACAUGAAGAGAUCAGUUAUGAGUUCGAUGAAUUCCCCUUUAAAAGUUCCAAGAACAGCUUACAGAUUCUUCCAAAAAGUUUUCUUCAAGUCCAGAACCAGCCCACUCUGCCCUCAAGGUGUUCGCUGAUUUGCUCAAUGGUGGAACACCCAGAACAGCUCAUGGCGCUUGAAGGUGAUGGGAUGGGUGGUGCUCACCCUGUCCCAAUAGGCUCGACAAAGGAGGUGGGGGAGAACAGCAAGGCCGAGGGAAAGCGUGUCCUAGUCAUUGACAUGACCGGGGCACGCAAGCCCUCGCAGCGCUUCUUGGCGGUUGGCUUCUUCCUCUCUGUUCUGCUGGUAUGGAAGAUCCAUGGGGAUAUGGACGACAAUCCACUGGAGGCGGAGACGGGCAGGAAGUUCGUCCUAGAGUUCUCGCAGGAAGGUGAUUGGAGGCAUGCCAUCCUAGGCGGACCUUGGCAGUACAAAGGCGACACCUUCCUGGUGGAAGGGCUAGCAGCAGGAGCUGAUUCAUCAUCGGCUCUCUUCACCCAUGUGCCGAUGUGGGUGCAGUUCAGGAACAUCCCGUUCUACCUCCUCACCAAGAAGCUGGCCCAUGAUCUCGGGGAGAUCAUCGGGUCAACUAUGAAGAUCGAUGACAGCGCAAGAGGCUACAUCAAUGACAAGUUCAUCAGAAUUAGAGUUUCGCUCGCCUUGUUCAUGCCUUUGUAG